AUAAAGAUAGUUUGUGAAACUCCGGUGACGUGUGUGUGAGGGGAAGUUGGAGUUGCCGGGGCCUUUGCUGACGCAGCCGGAAGUGUCAGGGGGAAAAGCAAUGGCGGCGGCUUUAGUGAAUGGGGCCGGCUCGGAGGCGCAGGAUGAUUUGGUACGCUCCGUAACCCUGUACCGCCGCCGGCCCCAUAUACUGAGAGGCACGGUGCUGCCCUUCGCUCUCCUCUAUCCGGCAUGGCUGUACUGCUGGGUGGCGGUGUAUGGGACGGACGAGUACCCGGAGGCUGGGCUAAUCGCACUGGCGGCGCUUGGGCUCCUUCAUGUUCUCACGGUUCUCUCCGGGCUCUGGUCGGUACACGCCCAUUGUGCGCUCACCUGUGCCAUGGAGCCGAAUAUUCAUACAGCCACUUUAGCCAAAGUUGUGCCCACUCCCAACAAUGGAUCCCCUGAGUUAGUGCCGUUAAUUAAGGAGAAGGAAGAUGGAAAAGAAAACAUCUUCUUUGAAUUCCAGAAGAUCAAAUAUUCAUAUGAUGCAGAGGAGAAGAAGGGAUUCCUCCAAGUUGUGUUUCCUUUGGAACGCCAGCUUUCCUAUUACCAGAAUGCUAAAGGUUACAUGGAAGAUGUGGAUAUUAAAGCUGCUGAAAAGAAAUACGGAACUAACAAAGCAGAAAUGGUUGUUCCAGAUUUCUUACAUCUUUUCAAAGAGCGAGCAAUCGCCCCCUUCUUCGUUUUCCAGGUGUUUUGUGUAGGUUUAUGGUGUCUGGACGAGUACUGGUACUACAGUGUAUUCACUCUCUUCAUGCUGGUAGCAUUUGAGGCUUCCUUGGUCCAACAGCAAAUGAAAAAUCUGUCGGAAAUCAGGAAGAUGGGUAAUAAGCCCUAUAUGAUCCAGGUUUACAGAAAUCGGAAGUGGAGGCCAAUCUCCAGUGAUGAAAUUAUACCAGGAGAUAUUGUAUCCAUAGGUCGAUCAGCCAAUGAUAACUUGGUUCCCUGUGAUGUGUUGCUGCUCCGUGGCCGCUGUAUAAUAGAUGAGGCCAUGCUUACCGGAGAAUCUGUGCCUCAGAUGAAGGAGCCUGUUGAGGAACUGAAUCCAGAGCACGUACUUGAUGUAAGCGCAGAUUCAAAACUUCAUGUCAUUUUCGGGGGUACCAAAGUUGUGCAGCACACUCCUCCUCAGAAGGCCACAAGUGGUCUCAAACCUGUGGAUAAUGGAUGUGUGGCUUAUGUGCUAAGAACAGGAUUUAACACUUCACAGGGUAAAUUACUCCGGACUAUUCUCUUCGGGGUGAAAAGAGUGACUGCUAAUAACCUGGAAACCUUUAUCUUCAUUCUCUUUCUCCUGGUUUUUGCCAUUGCUGCUGCUGCCUAUGUCUGGAUAGAAGGUACUAAAGACCCAAGCAGAAAUCGUUACAAGCUGUUCCUGGAGUGCACACUAAUUUUGACCUCAGUUGUUCCUCCUGAGCUGCCUAUUGAACUAUCCUUAGCUGUGAACACAUCCCUUAUUGCAUUGGCAAAGCUUUAUGUUUACUGUACUGAGCCAUUCCGUAUUCCUUUUGCUGGGAAGGUGGAAAUCUGCUGCUUUGACAAGACUGGCACUUUAACAAGUGAUAGCCUAGUUGUUCGGGGUGUAGCUGGGCUCAAGGAUGGAAAGGAAGUUACCCCUAUCUCCGACAUUCCAGUGGACACUCACAGGGUGGUAGCGACAUGCCACUCUUUAGUGCAGAUGGAUGAUGGGACACUUGUGGGCGAUCCUCUGGAGAAAGCCAUGCUUACAGCAGUUGACUGGACAUUAACCAAAGAUGAGAAAGUAUUCUCUAAAAGUAUUAAAACGCAGGGCCUCAAAAUCCAUCAGAGGUUUCAUUUCGCCAGCUCUCUGAAACGAAUGUCUGUGUUAGCGUCCUAUGAGCGCCCAGGCUCAACGGAUUUGUGCUAUGUGGCCACUGUGAAGGGUGCUCCUGAGACAUUGCACACAAUGUUUUCUCACUGCCCUGAAUAUUACAACCAAGUGCACACGGAAAUCUCCCGAGAAGGAGCAAGAGUUCUAGCCCUGGGAUACAAAGAACUUGGUCAUCUCACCCAUCAGCAGGUGCGUGAAAUGAAAAGGGAAAUGCUUGAGUGUGAUCUGAGAUUCGCUGGGUUCAUCGUGGUCUCUUGCCCUUUAAAAGCAGACUCCAAAGCGGUCAUCAAAGAGAUUCAAAACGCAUCACAUCAUGUGGUGAUGAUAACAGGAGACAACCCCCUCACUGCCUGCCACGUGGCCGAGGAGCUUAAUUUUAUCGAGAAGCAGCAUACUUUGGUACUACAGCCUAUACAGGACACAAGAGAUUCCUGCUGGAUGUGGCAAUCCAUCGAUGGAACAAUUUCCUUGCCUGCGUUCCCAGACAACAUACAGGCUUUUUGUUCCAACUAUUACCUGUGUUUGACUGGAGAAGGACUGUCGUACUUGCAGUCUGUCAGAAGAGACAUGCUGUUGGCUUUUAUUCCUCACGUUCAAGUCUUUGCUAGAGUUGCACCCAAGCAAAAGGAGUUUGUUAUUACUAGUCUUAAAGAGCUUGGAUACGUUACCUUGAUGUGUGGAGAUGGGACCAAUGAUGUCGGUGCUCUGAAACAUGCCCAUGUCGGGGUUGCUCUGCUUGCCAACGCACCAGAGAGGCUUCCUGAGAAGAAAAGGAAACCACGGGAGACCACAAACGAUGGAAGACCUUCAGCGCAUAGUUUUACCAGCAAUGCUAUUAAGCCCACCUCCAGGGCUGCCAGGAACAGGAUCAUGUCUCAGCGUGAGGAGCAGCAGGCACUACAGCGGGAAAGGAUUAGCCAAGUCCUGAAGGAACUAGAAGAGGAUCAGUUGCAAGUGGUCAAGUUGGGAGAUGCCAGUAUAGCCGCGCCCUUCACAUCCAAGCUGUCGUCCAUACAGUGCAUCUGCCAUGUCAUAAAACAAGGACGUUGUACUUUGGUCACCACUUUGCAGAUGUUUAAGAUCUUGGCUCUGAAUGCCCUUAUCCUAGCCUAUGGGCAGAGUGUCCUGUACCUGGAGGGUGUGAAGUUCAGCGACUUUCAGGCUACGCUGCAAGGCCUUCUGCUAGCCGGCUGCUUUCUCUUCAUUUCACGGUCCAAGCCUUUGAAAUACCUCUCCAGAGAACGCCCCUUGCCGAACAUCUUUAACCUGUACACGAUCCUCACCGUGCUCUUACAGUUCCUCGUCCACUUCUGCAGUCUUGUGUACUUGUACCGGGGGGCUUUAGUACGAACUGAAGCCAGGAAAGAAGAAUUUGUGGAUUUAUAUAAAGAGUUUGAGCCAAGUCUUGUGAACAGCACAGUGUAUAUAAUGUCCAUGGCAAUGCAGAUGGCCACAUUUGCAAUUAACUACAAGGGCCAUCCUUUUAUGGAAAGCUUGAGAGAGAACAAGCCCUUACUCUGGAGUAUUGUCAUAUCAGGUGCGGCCAUUCUGGGCCUUUUGUCUGGUUCGUCUCCGGAGUUCAAUGACCAGUUUGGCCUAGUAGACAUCCCUAUGGAGUUUAAGUUCAUCAUCGCCCAAGUUCUCUUCAUUGACUUCUGCACGGCGUGGGCAGUGGAUCGCGUCCUCCAGUACUUACUGGGAAGUUCCAAACUCCGAGUGCCUUCCUGAUGUUGAUGCAGGACACAGAGAAGCUAAACCCGCAGUUUGGCCGCAGCUCAGUAUUCAGCCUGAAUUCCUCAGGCACCAACAGCUCUGUGUGUGAGGGGGAAUGGGAUGUGAAAAGCCCAAGAUGAGCAGGAAGGGGCGUCAUCUCAACACUUGAAACUUUGAACAUUUGGGACGUGACAAACUGUACCCUCAUUUUUUUUCUACUGGAAUUCGCUUUUGGAAAGCGCCUAAAUUUAUUAAAUAAACAGCAUUGUUGAGUUUUAACUA